UCAGUUUUGGCCACGCCGAGUUUGCGGAGAAGAAUUGGAGAGGAAUUUCACUGAAAGCAUCACACACACACACACACACUGCUUAGUUGCCGUAUAUAUAGAGAGAUAUAGAUAGAUAGAUAUACUGUUGUUUGUAUAUAUAAAUUAAUAUAUAUGUAUAUAGAUAUACAUAUAUAGAAGCGGCUUUCUUCUUAAGUUAUUUAUUUAUCUAGAGAUGCAGUACUCACCCUCAAGGUUGCUAUGGCCAGUGUCCAUCUUCUUGUCUCUGCUACUACUUCUAUUUCUCUCGGCGGUUGAGGCAAAGUCCAACAUUGAAGAAAUGAAAUGUGCAGUUUGCCGAGUUCUUGUAGGAGAAACAAAUUAUAGAAUAAAUCUUGUAGACCCAAAGAAAAAAGUUCAAGUUGGAAGUUUUCGUGUCGACCCAGAUGGUAAUCAAAAUACACACGAGGUUCCGUAUGGAAGAUCCGAGCUUCAUUUAGUAGAGAUUAUGGAAAAUUUGUGUGAAUCUACGAAACAUUAUGCUGAGACUACAAACAAACUGGGAAAGAAGAGCUUAAUUCGGACGAUGACGUACAAUGGGGAAGCUGUGUCACUUGAUGACUUCAAAGUAAAUUCUGAACUCUCAGAGAAACUAAAAUAUAUGUGUGACAACAUCCUGGAGGAAUAUGAAGAGAAAAUGAUUGAAUUAUUCCGAAGACUUGACAUCAAAGACCAUGGCACCAGGUUGUGUCGGGAUGUGAUGCGUGUGUGUACAUCUGAUGACAUGGAGAUUGAAAUGCCAAAAGCCCCGCUCAAGAAAGAUGUAGUAGAGGCGGCAGAAGCCAAGAGAAAAGCCAGCAGUGAGGAAUCAGAUGAAGAUGAUAAAAGUGAUGAAGAAACUGAUGACGAAGAUGAUAAUGAUGACGACGAUGAUGAUGAUGAUGACAAAAACAAAGACAAGAAGAAAAAUGAAGAAUUAUAAAGAAGGGGAAGGGAGGGGAGGGGGGUUAGAUUAUUUUUAUUUUGAUUGUUUGUUUUCAUCUGUAACACCCGCUCCCCUCCUACCUCCACCAUCAUCACCAACAAGUCUCAUUAUCGUUACUGUUUCUUGUUAUUAUUGUAAUUCACUCUCUCACUACCCUCUCAUCCUCCUCCCUACCUCUUUUAAUAAUCUUUUAUUUACUGCUGACAUUAAUUAGCUCCAACGAAAAAAAAAAA